AUUCCUUUUUCUUGGUUUUGGCUGUUAUAGGACUUAACGAUUCUCUGUCUCAGCCACUCUCUCCUUCCUACAUAUUAUCUCAAUUUCCACCACCAUUUCUCUGCUCUCUAUCAACCAACAGUUUCUGGGGUUUAGAAUGGAGUGGAGGAGGCAGGAUGAUAGAAGAACUGGGUCAGUCAGAGCAACCAUUGAUGUACAUGGAGAAAGGAUUCUUGAUGGCAGUUCUUCGCUGAAGAAACCCCAGGUCGAUUCUCCAGAGAAGUCAUCUUCAAGAGCAAAAGAGCUCCAUAUGGCAAGAAGGGACCUUGGUAGAUAUAGAGACAGUAGGAGAGCUGCAGAUUCAGUGAAGGCCAAGGCAGAAUCUGAGCUCUUUACUGCAAAGAAGACGGUUAAGGAGCUUACUUCACAGAUUGAGGAAUCAAACUCAAAGGCAAAAGCAAAGAUGAGAAACAUAGAUGCUUUGAAGAAGUCUGGCGGUCGUGGGGAGAAGGCAGUAAUGGCUGUGGGAAACAUUGAGAGUCAUCAGAAUGUAGAAGUGAUGAGAGAAUUGAAGUGUGUGAAACAGGAAUUGAGUAAACUCAAGCUUGAGAUGGCUUCUGUUUUGGAGGAGAAAGCACAGGCAGAGAAGAAAUUUGAGGAAUCAAGCUUGAAAUUGUGGUCUAAUUCUGGGUCUGUUGAUGCUCUUAGGAAGGACAUUCAUGCAGCUAAUGAGGAACAAGUGUUGGUUGAGUUAGCCCGGAUUGAGGCUCUGAGAGAACAUGCAGAGAUUGAAGCUCAAACAGAGGAGGAAGCAAGUGAAUUCUCAUUUACAAUGGAGGAAACAAAGAAGAAAAUGAAGGAUGCAAAUGAAGAGAUUGAACUAUCCAAAGAGCUUGAACAUAAAUUCAUAGUAACAUUGUCUGAUGUUAGAGUGUUACAAAAUGAGCUAAUGCUCAUUAAGGAAAUGGACAAAAGGGUUCAGAGAACUGAUAGUUUGAAGCAAUCUGAUGAUAGUUUUCGAAGCCUAGAAGAACUGGAAAGUUCACCUUUGUUACUUCCAAUCACGGAGGAAUUGGAGGCAGCAAAGAAAGAACUGGCUUUGGUUAGAGAAGAAGGUUUUCAGUUCAUGGCCUCAAUGGAUAUCAUAAGAAUUGAGCUGAAACAUGUCACAGAAGAAAUAUCUCGACUGAAGAAAACAGAAGAGAAAACAGACAUGAAAGUUCAAAGCCUCAAUUCGAAGCUGCUAAGAGCAAAAUCAAAGCUGGAAGCAGCAACUGCAGCUGAAGAAAAGGCUAGAUCCAUCGUAACCAGUAUUUCCCUCUCUCUUGAACAGCUAAAGACAGAAGCUGAGGUUUUGAAGAAACAGAAGGCACUUGCUGUUGAAGAAACUGCAACAGUCAAGACAGAAAUCCGAAAAACAGAGUCUGAAAUAGACUUAGCUGAAGAAAGAUUACAGGCUGCAAUGCAAGAACUUGAGGCAGUUAAAUCUUCCGAGGCUUUAGCACUGCAGAAACUGAAAUCUCUGAUCGAAAAUACAAUGCAAGGAAGAACUUCUGCAUCACAGAAGAAUUCCAAAAUUACAAUAUCAAAGUUUGAGUAUGAGUACCUAACAGGACGUGCAGUAGGAGCAGAAGAAAUUGCAGAUAAAAAGGUAGCUGCAGCUCAGGCAUGGGUUGAAGCAUUAAAGGCCAGUGAGAGGGAGAUAUUGAUAAAGACUGAAAUAGCUCAGAGAGAACUCAGGGAGAUGAGAAUGGAGGAGGAGAAGGUGGUUUUUAAAACAGAAAGGUCACUUUCAGCAAAGAGAAAGGUUGAGAGGGAAUUAUUCAGUUGGAGAAAGAAAAGUGAGAAAAUGAUAGAGGCAGAAAGAAUGGGAUCAACAUUUCCUAGAAAAUCCUCGAAAAGCAGUAGGAAUUCAACCCCAUCAAGACGAGGAAAGUUUGAGAAGUCAGCAUCUCCUGCAACACCAAAGGCUCGAUCAACUCCAAUCUUCCUCAAGAAGAAGAGAAAGGUCAUGCCAAAUUUAGCCAAGUUCUUUGGUGGCAAGAGAACUGAGGAGGUUCGGUAAGCAGUUGAAGAUCAUUUUGGUAAGGAAUGCUCCCCUUGCAAGUUUCAGAAAUCGGAAGACUCUAGAGUUAAUUUUACAAAAAAUUGAAGUUGGGUAUGAUUAAGUAAAUUGCACUUAGACAUUGUAACUCAAUUGGCAAGGAGAGUGCUGGUUCAUAUCAAAUAAUAAUAAUAAUAAUGAGUUAAUUUU